UGCAUGGCUCUCAUUGUUGUAGAAAAAAAACAUAAGUGAAUAACAAAUGUUUACUUUUAGAACAAGUGUUCGUUAUUUUCCAUAUAAAUAGAGAACACCAGUUUUGUGUAGACGCUAGUAAUGUCUCAAUCCGUAAACAUAGUAUCGGCUGAAGAGUCCACGAAGGUUGUAGACGACACCACGGCCGCAGAGGCUUCCGAUUGGGCUAUGACUACCUCGACCCCUCGGGUGCUGGGCGGGUUAAUCCUGCCUCCUGAAUUCCUGCGGACCGAACUCCCAGAAGUUGCUUCAGCUGUUAAUAAUGCAAUACGCACAAGUACGCGAGUCAGGCGGGCGCCUGUCUAUCUGCAGCCGGUACUCACACCACACACAACACAACAUGGCAAACGACAACACACACCAACAUACAAAAAACAUGCACAACACGUAGCAACACAGAACAAUCUCAUGCUAGUAGCAACACCGCAACGAAAAAAGAAUAUACAGAACCUGCGACAAUAUCAAAGGAAAUUUAAAUGCUGCACAUGUAAUGUACAGUUCCCAACGAAGGAAGAGUUAAAAAGUCACAACCAGCUAAAGCAUCAGCACAUGUGCGACGACUGCAAGAUAGGGUACAGUACUAAAGAACAGCUACAGGACCACAAAUGUAUGUUUUGUAAAAUUUGUAACAAAUUAUACUUAAACUCAUACAGCACAUACAUCACUCAUUUUAGGAAGUAUCAUUACAAACCCAAGUUCACAUGCUUCCCUUGUGAUGAACAUUUUAAUAACGAAGAUAUGUUGACGGUUUAUCGAGAAAGCUAUGUCGCUUUUUACGCACACUGCCCUAAGUGCGAUCAGAGGUUUAGUUCUUUUCUGUGCUACGAAUGUGGGGAGGCUUACACAAAUAUGGAUGAUCUCACUAAACAUAUUCAUGGCUUAGCAAACAAGUGCAGCGUAUGUAAAGCAGAAUUUGAGCACGAUUUUCUUCUGGCUUCACACAUGCGAACGCAUUCUUGUCCAGUUAAGAGCUAUACGAAGAAGCCAAAAGUAAACGAAAUAACAAAAGAUAUAGAAAGUCAAGAAAUUAAAGAGCCUAAGGAUACUAGAGUAGAAGAACAUGUAAAUGCAAAGGAAAUCUUUUAUAAAGCAGACGGUGAAAGGGAGUCGAUUAAAGAUUUAGAAAUUAACUGGACAGAUGACGCUGUAAAGCAAGAACCUGAAGAUAUUAAACAAUUUGAUAAAGAAGUGAAAAUUGAAGCUGAUGGGAGUGAGUUAAGCAUAAACACUGGACACGGACAGACAAAUAUGUUUGAUAAAUGUAAGGUCGACAAAACAAACACAGAUGGAGUCAAGAAAGAACAAGAGAAUUGGUAUGAAUUCAAUAUAGAACCCACAGAGAUUCAUUUUGCGUCAGAGGUGCAGAAACCAAAGCACCAGAGGAUAAUAAUAAUUUGUGAAGAUUCUGAAAAUAUGAAUGAGAAAAUGAACAAUAGUUUAAACAUUGUAGAAGAGCAAACUGAUACUAAUGAAGAGACAGAAGUUGUUGAAGCAUCCGCAGGCACAGGACCAUGCUUGGUUAAAGUGGAACCCCCGGAGGUACCCGAUGGAGUUGUUAGUAGCGAAACAUGCCUUGCGUGGCCAUGGGACAAAACAGAGUGUACAUAGAAUUACUGUUUAGAUAACAAAUAAAAGUCUUCUAUACUGUGAUCAAUCUAUUAUAAA